AGAGGAACAGAAGAGGCGCUGGCGGCCGGCGGCCGCUGAGCAGCCCCCGUACCCUCGAGCAAGCCGCCUCUCCACCGCCGCAGAAGCCAACGGACCUACCCAUUGGGGAAGCCAGAGGGCCAGAGCGCCAGAGCCCGGGGACCCGGCGGCCGGGGGCGCCAGCCCCUCAUGUUCCGCGGAAGGCGCAAAUGUGAUGUCAUGCCCAUUGUUUUGGUGCGCCCGACCAAUCGGACUCUCCGCCUGGAUUCUACCGGAGCCGGCAUGGGCCCUUCCUCGCACCAGCAGCAGGAGUCCCCGCUCCCGACCAUAACGCAUUGCGCAGGGUGCACCACCGCCUGGUCUCCCUGCAGCUUUAACAGCCCUGACAUGGAAACCCCAUUGCAGUUCCAGCGCGGCUUCUUCUCAGAGCAGCCGCCGCCGCCGCGCUCCUCACACCUGCAUUGCCAGCAGCAGCAACAGAGCCAGGACAAGCCGUGCCCGCCCUUCGCGUCCCUCCCGCACCCUCAGCACCACCCGCACCUCGCGCACCAGCAGCCGGGCAGCGGCGGCAGCAGCCCAUGCCUCCGGUGCAACAGCUGCGCCUCCUCCGGUGCCCCGGCGGCGGGGGCGGGGGCGGGGGAUAACCUGUCCCUGCUGCUCCGCACCUCCUCGCCCGGCGGCGCCUUCCGGACCCGCACCUCCUCGCCGCUGUCGGGCUCGUCGUGCUGCUGCUGCUGCUCGUCGCGCCGGGGCAGCCAGCUCAAUGUGAGCGAGCUGACGCCGUCCAGCCAUGCCAGUGCGCUCCGGCAGCAGUACACGCAGCAGCCGGCGUCCACCUCCCAGUACCACCAGUGCCACAGCCUGCAGCCCGCCGCCAGCCCCACGGGCAGCCUCGGCAGCCUGGGCUCCGGGCCCCCGCUCUCGCACCACCACCACCACCCGCACCCGGCGCACCACCAGCACCACCAGCCCCAGGCGCGCCGCGAGAGCAACCCCUUCACCGAAAUAGCCAUGAGCAGCUGCAGGUACAACGGGGGCGUCAUGCGGCCGCUCAGCAACUUGAGCGCGUCCCGCCGGAACCUGCACGAAAUGGACUCGGAGGCGCAGCCCUUACAGCCCCCCGCGCCCGUCGGAGGAGGUGGCUGCGCGUCCUCCCCGUCUGCAGCCGCCGCCGCCGCCGCUUCGUCCUCAGCCCCGGAGAUCGUGGUGUCUAAGCCGGAGCACAACAACUCCAAUAACCUGGCGCUCUACGGAGCCGGUGGCAGCGGCAGCGCUGGAGGCGGCGGUGGCGGCGGCGGCAGCGGGCAUGGCAGCAGCAGUGGCACCAAAUCCAGCAAAAAGAAGAACCAGAAUAUCGGCUACAAGCUGGGCCACCGGCGCGCCCUGUUCGAGAAGCGCAAGCGGCUCAGCGACUACGCGCUCAUCUUCGGCAUGUUCGGCAUCGUGGUCAUGGUCAUCGAGACCGAGCUGUCGUGGGGCGCCUACGACAAGGCGUCACUGUAUUCCUUAGCUCUGAAAUGCCUUAUCAGUCUCUCCACAAUCAUCCUGCUCGGGCUGAUCAUCGUGUACCACGCCAGGGAAAUACAGUUGUUCAUGGUGGACAAUGGAGCAGAUGACUGGAGAAUAGCCAUGACUUAUGAGCGUAUUUUCUUCAUCUGCUUGGAAAUACUGGUGUGUGCUAUUCAUCCCAUACCUGGGAAUUAUACGUUCACAUGGACGGCCCGGCUUGCCUUCUCCUAUGCCCCAUCCACAACCACCGCUGAUGUGGACAUUAUUUUAUCUAUACCAAUGUUCUUAAGACUCUAUCUGAUUGCCAGAGUCAUGCUUUUACAUAGCAAACUUUUCACUGAUGCCUCCUCUAGAAGCAUUGGAGCACUUAAUAAGAUAAACUUCAAUACACGUUUUGUUAUGAAGACUUUAAUGACUAUAUGUCCAGGAACUGUACUCUUGGUUUUUAGUAUCUCCUUAUGGAUAAUUGCCGCAUGGACUGUCCGAGCUUGUGAAAGGUACCAUGAUCAACAGGAUGUUACUAGCAACUUCCUCGGAGCGAUGUGGUUGAUAUCAAUAACUUUUCUCUCCAUUGGUUAUGGUGACAUGGUACCUAACACAUACUGUGGGAAAGGAGUCUGUUUGCUCACUGGAAUUAUGGGUGCUGGUUGCACAGCCCUGGUGGUAGCUGUCGUGGCAAGGAAGCUAGAACUUACCAAAGCAGAAAAACAUGUGCACAAUUUCAUGAUGGAUACUCAGCUGACUAAAAGGGUGAAAAACGCAGCUGCCAAUGUACUCAGGGAAACAUGGCUAAUUUACAAAAAUACAAAGCUAGUAAAAAAGAUAGAUCAUGCAAAAGUAAGAAAACAUCAACGAAAAUUCUUGCAAGCUAUUCAUCAAUUAAGAAGUGUAAAAAUGGAGCAGAGGAAACUGAAUGACCAAGCCAACACCUUGGUGGACCUAGCAAAGACCCAGAACAUAAUGUAUGACAUGAUUUCCGACCUAAAUGAGCGGAGCGAAGACUUUGAGAAGAGGAUUGUUACCGUGGAAACGAAACUGGAGACUUUGAUUGGCAGCAUCCACGCCCUCCCUGGGCUCAUCAGCCAGACCAUCAGGCAGCAGCAGAGAGAUGUCCUGGAGGCUCAGAUGGAGAACUACGACAAGCAUGUCACCUACAAUGCCGAGCGGUCCCGAUCCUCGUCCAGGAGACGGCGGUCCUCCUCCACAGCGCCACCAACUUCAUCAGAGAGUAGCUAGAAGAGAAUCAGUUAACCACAAACUAAGACUUUUUGCCAUCAUAUGGUCAAUAUUUUAGCUUUUAUUGUAAAGCCCCUAUGGUUCUAAUCAGCGUUAUCCGGGUUCUGAUGUCAGAAUCCUGGGAACCUGACACUAAGUUUUAGGCCAAAAUGAGUGAAAACUCUUUUUUCUUUUCCUUUCAGAUGCACAAGGAAUGCACCUAUUAUCGCUCUAUAGAUUGUUCCUCCUGUAAUUUCACUAACUUUUUAUUCAUGCACUUCAAACUUU